UGAUAAAAUUUUAAUCUGUGUAUAUAUAUUUCACUAAUUAUAUAUCAUAUAUAGAACAUUUUGUGAUUAUAUGUUUCUACGACUUUUAGCUUUUGCAUUACAAUCCACCAUUAACAUAAUAUAAUUACUGUAAUCCAAAUACAAUUCGCGAUAUAAUGUUGUUAUAUCUUUAUCCGACUCACAUCCCUUUUUUAAAACCGUCUCUUCUGGUACAUCUACAAUCUCAUUAGAAAGUUUAUUCAUUAGUGCGAGUUGCACGAUAUCUCGCUGAUGUUCAUCAUCGUACAAAUUUGUCCUUUGCAGUUAAAUUUUUUGUUCAUCCUCUCUCUUUUUCUCUCUAAGACGCAAUUACAAUUACGCACUUAUUUUCACUUCAAGUGCAGAAAGUACGAUAUAGCGCAGCAACAACAAGAAACAGAUAUUCGAUGGUACUUAUAACAGAGCCGUGCAACGUAUGUGCUGGAGCCCCUGGCAUCAACUAAUUUCAAAAUUUUGUUUCAUAUUUAACUAUUCUCUAUUUAUUUACCGUUAGAAAUUGUACUAAUUACUUUCUAUUUGUAUUGGUCAUGUUAUAGAUUUCGGUAUAGGCUUACAUCUUAUAUCCUAUUUCUAUUAAUAUUUAUGAAUUAAAAAAAAUCUCAGUUUAAUUUACUUUCUUUCAACAUUUUUCUGAUGAAAAAAGGAUAACCAAAAUAAGAUAAAUCGAAAAUGGAUAUUUCCGUAAUAUUAAAUUCAUAUAUAAAGAACCUCCUUCUUUUAGGAGGAUCAUCUCAUUUCCGCCUCGCAGCAGCAUCUCGAAACUCUCAUUUGAAAUGCCAUGUAAUUAAUUUUAUUAGAUAAAAAAAUAAAAGUAAACAAAAAUAAAAUUUAAGAUAAAAACUGAAGACAAUUUUAAAUACAUUAAAGAGAGCUAGGAAUAUCGCUCCUUUUACGGAAGAUGGUGAGUCGGACGGUGGCGGUCUCUCUCGAGUGUGUAUCGUGCACCGCGUGGUGCACCGUGGCGCGGUGGUGGUGGACGCGCACUCCCCCUCGAGUUCGCCUUCGCCAGCGCAGCGCGAGGCGCGUAGGCACGACACGGUACGGCGAGCCGAGCAAGCGAGUAGCGCGAGCAGUAGCGAGUCGCCAUCGCGCGGGUUCGCCGUUAGGCGAGUCGAGUCGAGUCGAGUCGUGUCGUGUCACGCGAGGAGAGACGGGAAAGAAAAAGAGAGAGCAAGCUGAGGUCCGGUUUGCUGUCAGUUCCUUCAUCAUUGUCGACGUCGUCGUCGUUGUUUUUCCCGUACGUGCGUCCCUCGUCGGCGCGUCGCCGUUGGCCAUUGUCCCUGACAUGGAAGCCUACCAAAAUGGCAGAGAUCGUGCAGAUGUUUUUGUUCCUAUAUAAGUCCAAGUACCGUCGGAAACAUCGUCCCGGCAGCGACGGUGACGACGACAACGGCGGUGGCGGCGGCGGUGGCGGCUGUGGCGACGGCGACGGCGACGGCGACGGCGACGCCGCGUCGUACGGUCGCGAACGCGAUCGGCGGUGGCGGUGUCGGUGCGGCCAUGGCGGCGGCGACGGCGCGACCGCGACGGUGCCGUGGCUGCCGUUCUUACUGUGGGCGGCACUCGUCUGCUGGGUGGUUCACGUAAGCGCCGCCGCCUCCACCUCCUCGUCGUCGUCGACGUUGGACGCGGGCUGCAGCUCCAACACUUGCGUCAACGGCAACUGUGUCAAUGGCACCUGCGUGUGCCACGAGGGCUGGCAGGGCGCGCACUGUCAAUUCUGCGGCGGGAAAGUCAGGUUAUCGGGGAUGAACGGGACCAUCUAUGACGGCUUGGGGAACUACACAGCAGACGUGAAGUGCUCCUGGCUGAUCGAGAGCAGUCCGAACACGAAGAUACGGAUGCACGUGGAGCAAUUCGCGACGGAAUGCGGCUGGGACCAUCUGUACAUUUACGACGGUGAUAGCGUCGAGGCGCCGUUGCUGGCCGUCUUCUCCGGCCUGAUGCACAAGGACAAGUAUCACAUACGCCGCGUGCCGGAAGUAAUAGCGCGAUCCGGUAGCGCGUUGCUGCACUUUUAUUCCGAUGUCGCGUACAACAUGAGCGGCUUCAACAUUACGUAUAAAAUCAACGCUUGUCCGAGCAGAUCUUCCGAUAUUGACUGCUCUGGACACGGCGUGUGUAUCGAAGGCACGUGUACCUGUGAUGCCACAUGGACCGGUGAGGCUUGCGACGUGCAGGUAUGCCCGAAUAAUUGCUCGUAUCAUCAUAGCCAGGGCGAGUGUGAUCGCGAGAGUCAUCACUGCCGCUGUAUUCCCGGCUAUAAAGGUGCAGAUUGUAGCCAGAAGAGCGAACGUGGAUUUUGGGAAAGUGUCACGUACAAAGAUCUACCGCCGGAAGGUUCGGCCAGUCACUGUUCCAUCGUUUGGAAAGAUUCGCUAUACGUGGUCGGCGGUGAGAGUUUCCAUCGUGCCAAGAUGAUAUACGUGUAUGAUUAUAACGGCAAUGUUUGGGAGACACCUCACGUCGAGGGCCGAGUGCCGUUACCACGGUACGCGCACUCGUGCGUGCUGUUCGGUGACAAGAUAUUCAUGUACGGUGGCGUCGUGCAGAACUCUACCGUAACCAAUGAGAUCUGGGCAUUCGACGUGUCUGCCAAAGUCUGGGAGAACGUCACCGUACAUGAUAAUUGCCACAACAAGACGAUAUGUGGUCCAUUAAAGGUAGCCGGGCACACCGCGACCUUGGUGCAGAUUCACAAUAAGAAGGAGAAGAUGGUUGUGAUAUUUGGUUAUUCGCCGCAAUAUGGUUACUUAAACACCGUCCAGGAGUACUCUAUGAGUACGCGCGAAUGGCAGAUCGUCAAGACAAUUGGCUUCCCAGUGAAGGGAGGUUAUGGACAUAGUUCCGCCUACGAUCCCCUCACGAAUCUCAUUUACGUAUACGGCGGCUACGUAUCGGAGUCGCAGAGCACGCACGUUUUAACGAGCCGGCUGUACUCAUAUCAUCCUCAUUAUCGCGAAUGGCGACUGCUGACAUCAGCGCCGUCAGCGCGUUUCUUUCACACGGCUACCUUUAUCUCGGGCGGACUGAUGCUAGUAUUUGGCGGUAAUAUGCAUAAUGACACGCAACAAUCACACGGUGCACGAUGUUAUUCGGCCGAUAUCCUCGGUUACGAUGUUACAUGCGAUACAUGGCAUCAGUAUACUAUACCUCCAGAUAUGAGCGAUCUUCCGCGAUACGGUCACAGCGCGACCGUCUUCGAGAAGUCGAUGUAUAUCUAUGGUGGCUUUGUUGGUGAAAUGCUCUCUGAUAUGUUGAGGUAUACUCCCGGCAACUGCGAGCAUUUAACGAAUCAGAAUCAGUGCCUGAAUGCAAGGAUAGGCGUGAAGUGCAUGUGGCACAAGCGGGACAAUCUAUGCUUACAAAUCACGAAAAUACCGCAGCAUGUGCUCAACCACAAGGAAUAUGACGAACACGACGGCACUUAUAUGAGAUGUCUGGACGAUACGCCGCCCCGCGGUAUGACGUCACAUGAAGAACUCUGUAAACUCUUUACAGAUUGCGUCGCGUGCGUGCAGACUUCGUAUAAUUGCGUAUGGUGUGGCAAGAGUUGCUUGCAUGAAAAAUGCCGGGACCAUCCAAAUUCGCCGAACUCUAGGCCGAUCACAGAACUGGAACAAUGUGACGCAAAUACUGGUAUUGAAUGUCUACAAUUACACACAUGUCAUGCGUGCUCCAGUAAUUCGCGUUGCAUUUGGUCAUGGUCCAACGGGCCUGACCGUUGUAAACCGCAGUCAAAAACUCGGGAGGUGAGUGUACUGAAUGGCACGAUCCAGGCGCAACGUUUAACAAUGGACACGUGUCGUAGUCCGUGUGUGGAAUAUACAACGUGUCGAAAUUGCACGGAAUCCGACUGUAUUUGGUGUCAAAACGAAGCUAAGUGCGUAGACAAGAAUGCGUACCCGGCCAGUUUUCCAUAUGGACAGUGCCGCGAAUGGACGACGAUAGAUGCACGGUGCCGGGCUACAGAAACUGGUAGAGAAUGGUGCAGCUUUUAUGCAUCAUGCGCCGCUUGUCGAUCGGAUCCUGGAUGCGGCUGGUGCGAUGAUGGAUCAGGCACUGGGAAAGGUUCGUGCAUGCCUGGUGGAGCUCGUGGUCCCAGCAGUAAGAGCUUAAAUACAUGUUCGUUCGAUCAUUGGUACUUCACGAAAUGUCCAACUUGUCAGUGCAACGGUCACAGCAAGUGUCUUCCAAAUAGUAACGUAUGUAUUCAGCCGUGCGGAAACUUGACUUAUGGACCACACUGCGAUAAGUGUAUCCCCGGUUAUUACGGUAGUCCACUCAACGGAGCUACAUGUCAGCCUUGCUCCUGCAACAAUCAAGGUACUCAAUGUACGAGCGAGACGGGUAAAUGUUUCUGUACAACUAAAGGCAUUAUUGGCGACCACUGCGAACGUUGUGAUGUAUCUGGUCUCUAUCAUGGAGAUCCCACGAAUAAAGGAUCUUGUUUUUAUGAUUUGGCUAUCGACUAUCAGUUUACAUUUAAUCUAAGCAAGAAGGAAGAUCGCCAUUAUCGAGCAAUUAAUUUUAAGAAUUCGCCACCGAAAGCCGACAUUGACGCCGAGUUUUCCAUUACAUGUUCUGUACUUGCGAAGAUGAAUGUGACUAUCAAGAAAGUAAAUAGUCCAGAAAAGCCAUUGCUACUCGGUGCAAACUGUACAACAACUAUGUAUAAACACCGUUUUAGCAAGGCAGACUAUAACUUCGGUAGUGAAGACAACAAUACUCUCACUACGUUCUACGUGUAUGUCUAUGACUUUCAACCACCUCUGUGGAUUCAGAUUUCGUUUUCUCAAUACUCCAAACUGAAUCUACAACAAUUUUUCAUUACGUUCUGCACAGAUUACAUGCCACCGCAUAGGUGCUUCCUCGCUCUGCUACUAGUGGCUGCCAUUCUCUGGAAGAUCAAGCAAAAAUACGAUAUGUAUCGACGAAGACAACGGCUUUUCCUGGAGAUGGAGCAAAUGGCUAGUAGAGCUUUUAGUCAGGUUCUGGUAGAGAUUGAGAGGCGCGACGUGGAUAGCUCAGAUCCAGAACGCGGUGAUGCCGAUUUUACCAAUUGUCGUAAAAAAGAAGGAUGCUCCCAGUCCAAUUGCAUUGGAGCCUUGUUGUGGUAACAGAGCGGCAGUUUUGUCUCUGCUAGUCAGAUUGCCGACUGGCGGCGAAUCUUAUACGCCAGCC